UCGGGCUCGCGCACGCAGGAUGGGGGGAGGGAGCGCACGACGUGCGCGCGCCCUCUCCCUCCUCCACCGCUGCCGCCUCCUUCUUCUGCCGCUCCUGGUGCUGCUUGUGUGCUCGUUCGGUGCGGACCUGGUACCUCUUUUGUGAAGCGGCAGCUGAGGAGACUCCGGCGCUCGCCAUGGCCGACGAAAAGCCCAAGGAAGGAGUCAAGACUGAGAACAACGAUCAUAUUAAUUUGAAGGUGGCGGGGCAGGAUGGUUCUGUGGUGCAGUUUAAGAUUAAGAGGCAUACACCACUUAGUAAACUAAUGAAAGCCUAUUGUGAACGACAGGGUUUGUCAAUGAGGCAGAUCAGAUUCCGAUUUGACGGGCAGCCAAUCAAUGAAACAGACACACCUGCACAGUUGGAAAUGGAGGAUGAAGAUACAAUUGAUGUGUUCCAGCAGCAGACAGGAGGUGUCUACUAAAAAGGGAACCUGCUACUUUACUCCAGAAUUCUGUUCCUCCAGACCAAGAAGACAUUCUCAAUUAGAAAACCGCAAUUUGGUUCCACCACAUCCUGACUACUACAGUAUAGUUUCUCUAUUCUUUCAUUUUCCCCUUCCCCAUUCCUUUAUUGUACAUAAAGUAACUGGUGUAUGUGCACAAG